CGUCUCUACUCAUCCAUUUAUUUCAGUCUGAUUUGGCCCACGUCUUCCCUUCCCUUUCCCUUCUCUCACGUUGCUUCAUUUUCUUUUCAACCUCCAAAAUUCGCUUAUAUUUACCCUUUUGCCCUCGCAAUUUCCUUUAGAUUCGUUCCUGAUUCCUCUGCAAUCUUCAGAGGCUCCAUUGCAGGUUUCAAUCUCCCUUAGGGUUUUCUCGCAGCAGGUUUUUUAAUCCAGUUUCUGUGAUCGGAUUAACUUUUAUCUGAAUCUCAUUUUUCUCGUAUAUCGACGUUAUUCUCAGCCGAUUGGAUAGUUGUCACAGUACUUGUAUAUAAGAUAUAUAUAUAUAUAUAUAAGCAAAGUAGCUGCUUCUUUUUUUUUUUUUUUUCCUUUUGCUCGUCUUUUUCCCCUCAUCUUCUUGUUCGGGGUGGUUUUUCAUUCGGCUGUAAAGAUGUUGGGGGCAGGAUUGCAGUUAACGCGAGGACGCGGCGAUGAUAGGUUUUAUAAUUCGGCGAAGGCUCGGAGGGCAAACCAGAAUCAGCGUACUGGUGAUCAACUGCGGAGAGCUCAGAGCGAUGUAACGGCGAGCCAAUCUUCGUCUCCGAAGGUUGCGGUAAGCCGGGAGCCGGAGAACAGGACUAGGUCGGAGGAGCAGCCAAAACCGGUUGCCAUCCCAGUCUAUGAACCAGUUGUAUCGCCUUUGAGUAAUUUGGAGCGGUUUUUGGAGUCGAUCACGCCAUCGGUGCCGGCUCAGUACUUGUCGAAGACAACUAUUCGAGGUUGGAGGACAUGUGAUGUGGAAUUUCAGCCUUACUUUGUGCUGGGUGAUUUGUGGGAGUCAUUCAAGGAGUGGAGUGCCUAUGGCGCAGGGGUGCCACUAGUUUUGAAUGACAGCGAUUGCGUAGUUCAGUAUUAUGUCCCAUACUUGUCUGGCAUUCAAAUAUAUGGUGACACCCAUUCUAUGAAGUCGUCUCUUAAGUCAAGGCGGCCAGGGGAAGAGAGUGACAGUGAUUUUAGGGACUCUAGUAGUGAUGGAAGCAGUGAUUGUGAGCCUGAAAGAGGAAUGAGUUACUCAAGGGAACAAAUAUCUCUCAGGAUGGAUAGGAUGUCUUUGAGAGACCAGCAUGCUGGAUUGCAAGAAAACUUCUCUGGUGAUGAGGGGGAAUCCUUAAAUGCUCAAGGUCGUCUGAUAUUUGAGUAUCUUGAGAGGGAUCCUCCUUAUAGUCGGGAACCUUUAGCUGACAAGAUAUUGGAUCUUGCUUUUCGGUUUCCUGAACUGAAAACCCUAAUAAGUUGCGAUCUACUUGCCUCCAGCUGGAUUUCUGUUGCCUGGUAUCCAAUUUACAGAAUACCAACAGGACCAACAUUGAAAGAUCUGGAUGCUUGCUUUUUAACGUAUCAUUCACUUCAUACUCCAGUGGGAGCCACACGAGAUGCACAUGCUCCGGUAGUGACUUGCCGCAGUGAGAUGGAUGGUGUUCCUAAGGUUUCAUUAACUGUUUUUGGCCUUGCUUCAUACAAGUUCAAGGGUUCUGUGUGGAUGCAUAAUGGUGGAUGUGAGCGACAGAUAUCAAACUCCCUCUUGCAAGCUGCUGACAAGUGGUUAAGAUUGCGUCAAGUCAAUCACCCAGAUUUCAUGUUUUUCUGCCGUCGGUGAUACUAUGAUGAUGACGAUGAUGCCGUCGGUGAUACUAUGAUGAUGACGAUAACCAUUUUGAAGUGAAGUGCAGUUAUUUAUUGGUUGGCUGCUCACUUGUUAAAAUUCCCUGGUUUUGUUGGAGAUGAAGAUUGCAACAAAUUGUGGGGUAAGUUUAUAAGUUAUUAUGGAAAAAAAACAACAAAGAGUCCAAAAAGAAGGAAAAAAGAACACCUUUUUGGUUUGGAAGGGAAGGUCAUAUGCAGUAAGUGGCUCAAGAGAACAAGAAAAAAAAGAUAAGACUUUGAAAAAGCUGCUGUAAGGCUUAGCUGAUCCAAAUAGGUAAAAAGGUGCAUCGGCAUUUGCUGUUAUUAUAAGCAACUUUUAUCUUGCUAGUUCCAUCUUCUUUGUCUUAAAGUUGGAGUAUUUGACUAGAAGCAGGCUCUUUUUUCUGUCCUGAUGAUGAAAUAUUUAGAUACGUGCUAUCGUAUUUAUAAUCUUCUUCUUACUAUUAUGUAUGCAAGAGGAUUUUGAUAGGGAAGGUGGUGUAAGUGUCAGGUUUGAUCUACCCCAGAUGUGUACUUCGAUGCUAACUGUUAAUGUUCUUUAAUAACUUGAUCAUCUGGAGAUGUGUUAGAAGUAUUGAUAAAAAGAACUGAUUGUUUAGGUUAAUGGCUUCUUCCUAUUAUUUUUCUUUAUUAUUGUUGAUUGCUUGUUUAUGACUUGUAGACUUUUAACUUUAUUAAUAAUUCGGUAUAUAUAUACCUUGCAGACU